AAAAGGUCAGUAUCAAUCCUGGGGGAAUAUAGUCCACUCACAAUCUUUUGUUGAAAAUGUAAGUCAAGGAAACAUCAAGCUACUAUGUGAUGACAACUUUUCUAUCUAUUCACUUAAACUUUUUGGACCUAUUUGUGUGCAUAUUUUCUAGAUGCACUUAUUAUGAGAAAGUUUUCAUUUUUAGGAUAUCAAAUAGGCACAUGAUGCUAGAGUUAUUGCUGUUGAGCUUUCUAGAAUGAUUGGAGGUGCUCCUCAGCUUAUUACAAUCAGUGCAGAAAAGACAUUGGCUAUAUGGGACACAAUCUCUUUUCAGGUUUUAUACUGUCCCAUGAGAAGUAUUAACAGUUGUGAAUAGCACUUCCUGUAACUGAAAUUUUGCUGUAAAGAGUUGGCAUGUUUUCUCUUUUCAUUCUUGUUAGCUUCUCUGCUAAGGAGUUGCGGCAAAUUAAACCCAUUCCAAAGCUUGCAUGUCAUAGUGUAGCAUCUUGGUGUCAUCCUCGAGUUCCUAACCUUGAUAUUUUGACUUGCGUCAAAGAUUCCUAUAUAUGGGCUAUUGAGCACCCAACUUAUUCAGCACUUACAAGACCAUUGUGUGAUCUGUCUUCACUUGUUCCUCCUCAAGUAGUUGCACCAAACAAGAAACUUAGGGUUUAUUAUCUCUUAAUUACUCUCAUGAUUGAGAAUGGAGUUUUCAUGCCAAAAGAAAACGCUCAAACUUUAUAAUGAAGAGCAUACAUACGAACCCCAGAUGCAACUAUGCCACCUAAUCUGCAAUUUCUACAUUUCCUAGGCUGUCCUUUAAUUUGAUCCAUGACAAGAAUAAGGGGCCCUCAAACACCCUAUUUAGGAAGGGUUCUCUUUUUAUGUGCACACUAUGGUUGGCAUAUUAUAGUUGGUUUACUUAAAUCCCACACCACAAAGUAGAAAGUAUGGAGCAAGAAUAGGAUUACAAAAGAAGUAGAUUUAUAAGAGCAAAAGCAUACCUUUCUCAGCCUUUUGGCUAAAAGCAAGCAUAGAAUCUAUUUUUAUCAAUUUAAUAUUUGAUACGUGGGUAAUUAGCUCACAUGAUAUUAAAUUUAUUUUUUUAGAGAGAAAGUCCACCCACAAUAGCUUGCUAUGGGGGUUUUCACUUGUCGCCUAAGCGGUGCACUAAAGCUCGAGCCUAGAGCACCCUACCCAAUACAAGUUUAAUUAUUUUGAUUUGUGAAUGGAAUCAUAUCUAUGUCUAAAACCCUGACAAUUGUCUCAUUACUGAAGCAAUAUGCUUUGGAGAUGUUUUUAUUUUCCUAAUUAGUCUAAUUUAUUUAUUGUUCAAAAUAGGUAACUAAUGCGGCUACCUUUGCUGGUCUCAGCAGCUAGAAUCCUUGUGUGAUGAUAAGAAUGGUUACCUAUCUUUAUUGAAGAUGAAUAAAGGCAUUUGUGAUGCCCCCAAUCUUAAAUAAAAAAAAUGUGUAGAUAUGAUAUGAUAUAUAUGUAAAAUUUAAACGUAAAUCUGUGAGUAUUACAUUAUGGGAGUCAUUAAAUAUUAUAGUUAUGGGAGUCACUAAGUGCUACAUGAUGGGGAGUCACCUCUAGAAUCUUAAUGUGUGGUAUGAUCUUGGUUGUAUAGUUGAAUUCAGCUUGACAGGGAUAUCAAGUUUUAUAGGUGGUAAGAUUGUGAUGUCUCCAAUCCAAUAUUGAAAGAAUGUGUGGAUAUAAUAUGAUAUAUAUGUAAAGAUCUAAAACUCAAAUGUCAAGCCUUAAAGGUGGUAUAGAUUUAAACCCAAAUAUCAAGCCUUAAAGGUAGGGAGAUUAUGAUGUGUCCAAUCUUACAUUGAAAAAAUAUGUGGAUAUGAUAUGAUAUAUAUGUAGAAAUCUAAAUUCAAUCACAUAUUAGAAGAAUGUGUAGAUAUGAUAUGAUAUAUAUUAGUGUAAACUUACAUUAGAAAAAUAAAAAAAAUGUGUGGAUAU